CAGCUCCACGUCAACACCACACCCGCCACAAUGAGGUUCCUCCGGUCGCUCGUUCCCUCUCUGCUUGUUAGCUCGGCUGCAAUCGUGUCGGCUGCCUCUUCCUGGAGUUUUGAAGAUGCCACCGUCACAGUAUCAAACAAAGGCGCUGGAGUGGGUGCUGGUGCGAAGGACAAAUUGAGCGCUACGUCCCCGCUGUCGAAAUCCGUAUCUCUGGGCGCCACCGACACGCUGAAGCUCCAACUCACCACCGUGGACGGGAAGAAAGCCACGCGGCCACACCAGGCCUUCCUCACCCUUACCGACCCUGCGACCGGCGUGGAGGAAUCAUUCCUCCUCAAUGUAAAAGACAGUGGAAAGGGCAGCCUGAACCUGGCCCAUAAGGACCUCCCGCACCAAUUCCUCACCUCGUCGAAGCCACUCCCUGCCUCAAUCGUCAUCGGCUCUUUCGGCUCCUCGACCGCCUACAAGGCCAAGGUCUUCGACCUCAACGUCGCCCGCGACCCCAACGUCCCGCUCGCCGUCCCCGAGAAGCCUCUCCGCUACGCCGCCGAGAAGGAGAUCCACCACAUCUUCCGCGACGACCCGCGCUCACCGCCCAAAAUCAUAACGCUGAUCUUCGCGGCUGCCGUUGCUGCUGCGCUGCCUGCGCUGUUCAUCGUCUGGGGAACGUUGGGUGCAAAUGCGAACCACCUUAGCAAGGCUCUGGGCAACGCGCCCAUCGCGCAUGCCGUGUUUUUCGGAUCGAUUCUUGCCAUGGAGGGUAUCUUCUUCUUGUACUACACCACCUGGAACCUGUUCCAGACCCUGCCCGCCGCCACUGUGGUUGGCUUUGUGGCUUUCAUUAGCGGUAGCCGGGCGCUCUCUGAGGUCCAGGAGAGGCGGCUGGCUGGGCUGAGAUGAUCGUAUAUACGACGAAGUAUAUAUAAGACAUAGUGGAGGGAGCCAUGUAUCCGACAAAAGGUAGGAUGACAAAUUCGAGUCGCAGCGGGUGAUUCUAUGGCUUGGGCUCAUGAGAAGGGCAAAAAAGGGCAUGAUGACGUGCAGUAUGUAAAACAGAUACAGAGAGCCAUAUAACUGCACCGCGCUAGACAUCCGCAGGCGAUGUCGCAGCGCAUUUCGAAGACAUGCGAAUCGCACAGCGUAUCUUAAUCGAACUACCCUAC